AUCCUUGAUUGUAUCUUCAUUCUUUGCCUUUGUAAUGUACGCUAUGAAUUGCUUGAUGCAAAUGGGAGAUUCAAAUCAAAAAUAAUUUCUCAACUAAAACAAUUAUCUCCUGAAGAAGAUGCUCCUAUUCUUCCUUCUAUGUUUAUAUUUGUUCUUUUAAUAGUCCGUGUUCGCUGUCUUAAAUUUUCUGAGAUUGGCUUGGUUAUUGAACAAUUAUUUGCACGAAUGGAUCAUAAAAUCUGCCAUUGGUCACUCGAAGCUUUCAAAAUUAUUAUAUUUGAUAUACUUUCUCAAUGUAGCCGGAAAUCUCGCAUAUCAGAAGAUCAUAAAAGGAUUUUAAUGCUAUUGAAAGAUGGUCUUUUAAAGAUUUUUUCCAUGACUUUUCAAUUAUUUCCUGAAGCAUCGGCAGAGGUGUGGAUAUGCCUUUUACACGCUUUCAGUGAUCAUUUUGAUAGUAAAAGUCUGUCAAAUACAUCGUUGGAUUUUAUCACACAUUAUUUAAAAUUUUGCGAAAAAAUGGCUGUUAGUGGUCGAGAAUUUACUACACCACAAAAUUCACCAACUAGAGAAACAACGCCUCAACUAGAUGCUAAUGAACAAUAUUCUUUUUUAAAUGGACAUUCCAACAUGAAAAGCAAUCUUUUUCCAAAUCCUACUCGUCAACUUUUUUUACAUUCUGCUUUGAUUAGUCAAUGUUUAGCUUCUACCGAAUUCAAAAUUGAUAACUUUCUCAACUGUUUAAAUGGAUUGUUAAAACAAUUAUUAAACGAUUCAGAAUUAUUUAACAACUCCUUUAUUAAUUUGGCCUUACAUAUUUGUCCACUGAUUUUUGUGCUAUUUAAUCAUAUUGAUGAAGAAAAAUUUUUAAAUUUUUAUGAAGCUCAAAAGAAGGAUUUAAUUGAAGAAAACAUAAAUCCUAAAAAUUUGGAAGAAUCUCACGUUGAUUUUAUUGCAAAAAGUAUAGUCCAUCUAUUAUUUCGUAUUGAAAAUUAUAUUUGUUCUGAAGCUCUUUUCGCAAAUGAUGGUGAUUCUCAUACUUUUCAAAACCAUAUUUUUCAUUCUGAUUCACAAGCUACUCUUUUGUUUUUAAUUUUUACAAUUCAGCAAACAAUUAAAUCUGGUAUAUUUUUAAAUAUUUUUUUAAUAAUUUUAAUUUUAGCUAAAUCCUCUUAUUUCUCCUUUUCAUUAAAAAAGCAUUUAUGCAUCAGUUACACUUCUCUAUCAAAAAAUGUUUAUGUUGAAUUGGCACGUAUUUCACAUUCGAUAUGGUCUUUUUGGAUGAACCUAAAAUUUAUUGUUUCGUAUGAAAUUUCUUUUGCAGAUUUUUAUGCUUUACCUUCCAAAUGUAAAUAUCUCCUUGUUCAACUUUUAUACUGGAAAAUUUUUGAAAUUGAAACUGAAUUAGAAGCUGAAAUUUUAUUCACUUCUAUAUUGGAUUCUUUAAAAUUGUCUUCUUCAAAAGCUGAUUUUCUUUUGGAAUUUUUACGAACACGAGAUGAUAAAAUGUUUAAAAAGUGUUUAAACAAGUUGCCUAAAAGAAUAUUAGCUUCUAUUGAGAUGGAAUUGAUUCAAGUUUUUUGUCAAAAUUGGGGAGAAGAUGUUUUUAUACCUAAUAUUGAAUUGAGUAGUCUUAUUCCUCGACUUUUCUGUAUUUUGGCCAAAUCAGAAAAUCAACAAAUUAUUAAUUUACUUACAAGAAUUAACGAAAUUCCUGAAUCUAAUUCUUUUGACCGUUUCAAAGUUAUUUGGAUUCAUUUUUCAAAUAAGCCAGAACAAACAUUUACUCUUCCAAGCUUUAAAUUUACUUCUAAAGAGUUUUCAAUUUUGCAUGACAACAAUAUUUCAAUAACCCAAUUUUACAAAACUUUACUUUUACAUGCAUCAAUGCCAGACGACUUUGAACAAAUUAUUGAAGGAAUUUUAACUCUUUUAGAGGAAGAAAUUGGUGAUAUUCUUGAAGCUCGUCCACGAUGGCCUUUAAGCAAAAAAUUUUUUGGAUGUUUUUUUCUUGUAUUGACACAAAAUGCAUCUAAUUACGACAUGUUAGAAGAUGAUAAUAAUUCUACCCAAAGAAUUGAGAAAAUUAUUCAAGUUCUGUUUGAGCUUUUACUCGAUACGAAGAAUAAAAGAAAAUGUUUUGCAGCUGAAAAUGUUUUUAUUUUAGCAAAAAUUGAUGGGUUGAGGAAUUGUUUUAGGCCUCAAAUUCUUCAAUUUCCUCAACAGUUAUUUUCAUCAUCCUCAAAUUUGUUGGAACGAUUUUUAAAUGACACAUUUGUCCAAUUAUUUUCUUCUUAUUAUUCCAAUGAUGAGGAAUUGCCUUCAGAAUAUUUUGUUGCUUUAAAAUUGUUUUUUUCUCUUUAUGAUGUAAAGGAUUACUUUGCCAAAAAUGAUUGUAAAACAUUAAAAAGUUUACUUUUAUUUUUCACACUUCUUUGGGAGCAUGUAGAACAGCAAAUUCCACAUUGGAAGAGACUAAAUAUUGACAAACGUCACUGGCCAGUUCAAAUUGAAAUUGUUUUUGGAGAAGUUGGCUCUUGUAUAGGUGAUUGUUGGCAAGAAGAAGAACGAGAAGAGUUGGAAGAAUCAAUCAAAAAAAUUUUUGUUCUUGUACAACGAAUUGUUUUUUCUUUAAAAAAUGAUCUGAUAAAAUGUGAAGAGACAAAAGAAGCGUUUACAGCUUUGUUAGCAAAUGUUUCUUUAUUUCAUCGAAUGGCUUUGGUUCCAGAAUCGGCACUUAGAUUGGAUUGGCAACUUCUAAUUUCUGUAAAUACUGACGGAAAAUGUUUUAUUCCACUUAUUCAAAUACAUUUGCUUAAUGAUUUUAAUGUGUUACAAGAUUUUUGUUUUAGAAUAUUUUCUUUUGGUUGGUCUUCACGUUCACAGUUUGAGGAAUACUCUAUGUCUCUUUUCGGGGUGCUUUCUUCAACUCCAACUACACUUACAGAGCUACAACAACGAACUGAAUCAGAUGGAAUCAAUGCAGCCCAUCAACAAUUAUCUGCUUCGAGUUUAGCAGUUGAAGCCUUAAGUUGUGUUUUACUCCAAUCUCUUCUUUAUCCGAAACCUGGUGAUUUAAUUGAUAGUUUUUUUGUUGUUGUACAUCGCAAAAGACGAGAGAAUUAUUUGUUUUUGGACACAGAACCUGGCAAAAUUGCUUUGAGAGCAAAAUUGUUUACAAACUUGCUUAUUGAAAACGGUCAAGUCUCGAUGUCAACCAGUGACCUUUUUAUUGAGAAUUUGGAAUGUGUUGAUUCUAGGCCAGGGAAGCAAUAUGGAUUAGGACAGGCUGCAUUAUAUCAUCUUUGGUCAGUUACUGGUUUGCUUGAAUCUUCUGCUUCUAAAGAUAUAGUUGAAGCUCCUUCCUCUUCUACGUUUUAUACUACACAUGAUGAGGCGGAAUCUUCAAGCUUGAGUCCUAACGAACUACUCAACGAGUGUGACACUGCUUCUUCACUUCGUGCACUUUUUGAAACUUUUAUGCAUUGGUUAAAUUCUUCAGGAUCUAUUUCUCAUUUACCUUUAUCAAUAUUACAUUCUACUUUGCGUUCUUUAUCUUUAUUGUCAGAUUUAUUUCAAGAAAAGGCUUUUUACAUCCAAACUUUUUCGACAAUUAAAAGUUUGUUGGCUAACAAUCCGUUUUUGUUUACCGAUCCUACUUGUAAAGGCUAUUCAUAUUAUCUUUUGCUUAAAUGUGCUUCUGUUUUGGAUUGGAUGGAAUUGGCUGAUUCUGGUGAAGUGUCAACCUCCAAGUAUAUUGAGGGAAUUAUCCAUUCUGGAUUUUUACAACAAGACGAGAAAUUCGUUCAAAAUUGUUCUCUUCAUGGACUUUUAUAUUUAUCACAAUCAUUAGCAUUAGACAAUUUACACAAUAUAAUGUCAAUUUCUUUUGAUUUUGUUGUAAAAGAAUUGAAACAAUUGAGACAAGAAGGAAUAAAUUCUUUUGAUUGUUUUAUUUUUUAUCAAAAAUUAUGUUGGGCAUUUGCCUUUGGAAUUUUACAAGAAGCUGUCCCUUUAUCUAAAAAUUCACGUGAUGAAUUUUUUCAAUUAGUCAAGCUUAUGUUUAUUGAUCCUCAUUUACCUGACUGGCUAAAGUCUUUAUUAACCCGUGGUAUUGAAUCUUUAGUUCUUCAUAGUUGUAGUUAUGCUUCUAAUUUUCGUCAAAUUGCCUUGAAAUAUUUUGAUACAUAUCAACUUCAACCUGGACAUUUACCUUAUGCUCUUUCAAUUUAUUUUACUUGUGCUUAUAGAGAAUUAAACGAAGGUGGAGAAUAUACCUAUGCUUUCAAUAAAAGUUUUGGCGAAGAUUUUCUUAAAAUUUUGAACAUAUUUUCUUUCUUCUCAAAUUCUCCAAUAGAAUCAAAAGUUCUUUCAAUGUGUCAUCUAAUUUCUGAUCUUGUUUCAUUUGUCUGGGCAAAGGAGGUGGUUUUAGAAUGUAUUUGGACUCUUUUGAUGCCUCCACUUACUCCAAUAGCUUCACCAAGAAAACCGACAUCGUCCCCCUUUUCUUCUCAAAAUGAUACCAGUGAUCAAAGACUGUCAACUGAUUUUUCUGAUCCAUUGCAAUAUCCUUCAGGAGCUUAUAGUUUUUCUGAUAACAAGCCAUUACUUCCUCAACAACUUAUUUUAAGCAAAUUUGAUCAAUUUCUUGUUCAAUUAAUUUUUUUCAUUUUGAGAAAAUUGUACAAAACUGACAAAAAAGUUUGUUAUGAAUUGUUGGCAAAUUUUUUUAUUCCAAAAUUAAUGAAUAGACUAGAAAAUUCAUCAGAAAUGAUAAGAUAUUUAACUUUGAUUUUACUUUGUUCAACAACUAGCAAUGAAGCUAAUAGUAAAAGAGUCCAUUUCCUGUUUCGAUCUAAUCCUUUUGAUUCUGAAUUUUUCAAAGCUAUUUUUCAUUCUGAUUAUAUUAGCAAAUUAAUUAAAGACUUUUUGGAUGAGUUCGAUUCUUUCAAACUUGUUGAAGAUCAAAAGAGGAGUGAGCUUUUAGAAUUUUUUCUUUCAACAUUAUCAAUAAAUUAUAUUUAA